AUGUACAAAACUCCAUUUCAGUCCCAUACCAGAAAGAAAAAUGAUUCUAAAUUUAAUAAAUCACUCGCGCGAAUAUCGUAUUUUCUGGAGAAAAAAGAGGAACAAGGAAAACACAUAUGUAUCAAUAUUUUCAAGGUCACCGUUCACAAUAUCGAUAGCCUCAUUCAGGUUUUUGCAGGCAGGAGUACACAAGUUAAGUAUUUGGACAGAGUGGCAAAUAUUGAUAUUCUUGUUAUACAAGGUCUAAUGAAGAAAGCUCCUACCUCAAACAGUAAUUUGCCAGGAGUACCCAGCCAACGAGCAGAGCAAAAGGCCAAUAUAAGCCAACCUAAUCAUAGGGCUAAUCAAGGGGUAAUUUUCACAGCUAAUGUUGAAUUACCCUGA